AGGAAGAGAGUGAAUGAGGGGGUGGGAGAGCGCGAGUGUCGAGAGCGAGAGAGAGGUAAGCAUGGCUGGGAGGAGGUUGCGGAGGCUGUCCUCGCUCGGAGUCGCCCCGUGGCUUGCUCUCUCCACUGCUCUGCUGUUCGCAGUAUCGCCCAUGGAUGGAGUCCACGGAGCCCCGCGCAUCCCCGCGGAAACAGUGAAGCUCUGGGCCUCUGCCUUUGGAGGAGAGAUCAAGUCCAUCUCCAGCAGAUACUCGGGAUCCCAGUUCCUCCAGAAGAAAUACAAGGAGUCAGAGAAGAGGGUGCGGAUCGACGAGGUGGAUGGCCUGCAGCUAGUGAAGAAGAUUGCCAAGAACAUGGAAACGAUGUUCAGCAAGAAGGUGACUGCGGUGAAGCGCCUAGUGGAGGCCGCGGAAGAGGCGAACAUGAACCACACCUUCGACGAAAACCUCGAGUACCCCUACUACACGGCGCUGAGCAUGCAGGACGAGAGAGACAACUACGGCCUGGAGCUGGGCCUGGAGCCCAACGAGCACUACAACAACAUGUCAGUGAACACGAGCCUCAGCGGGGUACAGGUGCCCACCAACGUCUACAACAAGGAUCCGGCGGUCAUCAAUGGUGCGCUGUGGUCGUCAGCGCUAAACGCUGUCUUCGUGAACAACUCCCGGCGCGACCCCACGCUGACCUGGCAGUACUUCGGCAGCGUCGACGGAUUCUUCCGCCAAUACCCUGGAGUAAAGUGGGAGGCGGAUGAAAACUCAGAAGGAGGGGUCAUUGAGUACGACUGCAGGAACAGAGGAUGGUUCAUACAGGCGUCCACGUCUCCCAAGGACGUGGUCAUCCUGGUGGACGUGAGUGGCAGCAUGAAGGGCCUGCGCAUGACCAUCGCCAAGCGCACCGUCAUCUCGAUCCUGGAGACACUCGGAGACAAUGACUUCUUUAACAUCAUCGGGUACAACGACUUCCUACACUACGUGGAGCCGUGCCUCAACGAGACGCUGGUGCAGGCCGACCGUGACAAUCGUGAGCAUUUUAAGAAGCAGACAGAGAAGCUGCUGGCGAAGGGAACCGGACUGCUGGAGAACGCCCUCGACAGAGCGUUCAGCAUCCUCAACGAGUUUAACCGGACGGGCCAAGGCAGCCAGUGUAGCCAGGCCAUCAUGCUCAUCACUGACGGCGCCACUGACACCUACGACAACGUGUUCAACACCUACAACCGGCCCCACCGCAGGGUGCGCCUCUUCACCUACCUGAUCGGGCGGGAAGUGGCAUUUGCGGACAGCGUGAAGUGGAUGGCGUGCAGCAACAAAGGCUACUACUCGCGCAUCUCGACGCUGGCCAACGUGCCCGAAAACGUGAUGCACUACCUGCCGGUCCUGAGCCGUCCCAUGGCCAUCAGCCGCGGCCACACGGUCAUCUGGACCGAGGCCUACACUGACUACACGCUGCCACAAGCACAGAAGCUGCUCACGCUGGCGUCUCAGGAUCACUUCCUCAAGACGUCCGUUGCCAUGCCGGUCUUCAGCGGCAAGUCCGACAUGAAGUCACGUGGUGUGCUGCUCGGCGUGGUGGGACUCGACGUGCCGCUGAAGGACAUCCUGCGUGUGGUCCCUCGCUACAAGCUGGGGGAGCAUGGCUACGCGUUUGCCAUCACCAACAACGGCUACAUCUUGAGCCACCCCGACCAGAGACCACUGUACAGAGAGGGAGGGAAAUUCAAGGCCAAGCCGCAUAGCGUCGACCUGCUGGAGGUGGAGUGGGGCGAGCAGGAUGACGUGUUGCGGGCGGCGAUGGUGAACAGACAGACAGGUUCCUACUCCUCGAACAUACGGAUGAAUGUCCCGAUCUCAGAGGAAAGGGUUUUGCCGCUGACCAAGGAAUUCUACUACACGGAUAUCAAGAACACGCCCUUCAGCCUUGGAAUUGUCGUGGGUGGCUCCUAUGGGAAGUUCAUCUUCAGCGCCAACGUCUCCCUGGCCGAAGCCCUGGAGGACCUGGCCCACCCUGACGUGAUGCUCUCCAACGAGUGGACGUACUGCCACACGGAAGAGGAUCCACACCUGCACAAGGUGUCCCAGCUGGAGUCGGUGCAGAGAUACCUGUCUGGGGAGAAGCUCGGACUCCGAUGCAACAACGAGCUGAUCCGCCAGGUGAUGUUCGACGCGGUGGUGUCGGCCCCGCUGGAGGCCUACUGGACCAACCUCAUGCUCAACAAGUCCCAGAACCUGGAGCUGGGCGUCGAGCAGGCCUUCCUCGGGACACGGUCGGGGCUCCUGAGGAAAGCCGAGUUCCUGGGAUCGGAGAAGAUCACCGACAGAGAUUUCCUGACGGACGACCAGAAGGACACCCUCUUCACGGUGGAGCGUUUCCCCCUAUGGUUCCGGCGUGCCAGCGCUCUGCCGCCCGGCAACUUCAUCUACUCAGUGCCCUUCAAGGCCGGCACCACCAACAGGAGCACGGUGGUGACUGCCAGCACAGCGAUCACCGUGUCGGCAAACCGGCGCAUGGCCACAGCCGCCGUGGUUGGGAUACAGAUGAAGCUCGACUAUUUCCAGCAGAAAUUCUGGACGGCGACAAAACAGCGUGACGACGCCGAUUGCACAACGGUCGACGGGAAGUGCCCCAUCAGCAUGGACGAUGAGAAUCUCCGAUGCUACCUCAUCGACAACAACGGCUACAUAAUGGUCUCCAAGUCGUACGAGGAGACGGGACGAUUCCUCGGGGAGGUCGACGGCACCGUGAUGAAGAAGCUUCUGACCAUGGGGAUAUUCCAGCGGGUGACGCUCUACGACUUCCAGGCCAUGUGCCGCCUCGUGCCGGACUCGCACUCGAGCAGGGCCGGACUCAGCGUGCCCACGCCCUAUCAGUCUCUCUCCGCGUUGGUCAAGUGGCUCAUCACAGAGCUCGCCAUGCUGGUGUUGGAGUUCAACUUGUCAGGCCUGUGGAGGCCCGAGCACGCCGCGACAGCCCAAAAGGUGCGCCGGCAGGACCUGCUGCAGCCGUGCCACAAGCAGUACCCAGCGUUCAGCGCAGCGCCCACGCUCAAGGAGAACAGCGGCGUCAUCGACUGCGGCGACUGUGAAAGGAUGUUUGUGAUCCAGCAGGUGCCCGGCAGUAACCUGCUGCUGCUCGUGGUGGACACGGAGUGCCGCUGUGACAACAUGUUCAGGAUGGGCUUGCACCCCGUCGAGAUAAAGCAAAACGAGUCCAGCCGCUGUGAGAGGCUCCGCUCGCAGAAGCUGAGACGGAGGCCGGACCAAUGCUACGCCUUCCACUCGGAGGAGGAUGCGGCCGAGUGCGGUGGAGCGGCCCGGCCCGGCGUGUGGGCCAGCACGCUGCUCACCACGCUGGCGCUCACCAGCACAGCCCUGCACGCAGUCGGGUGACCCUGCUCACCACCAAGUACUCACCGCCAACUCCUCACCAACGGCACCGCCCUGCUCACCACCUGCUACUCACCGCCGGCCCCCGACUCACUUCCGGCGCCCUGCUCACCACCAGCGACUCACCAACGGCACUGCCCUGCUCACUGCCAGCUACUCACCGCCGGAGCCCUGCUCACCACUACCUACUCACCGCCAGCCACUCACUGGCAGCUACUCACCAAUGGCACCCUACUCACCAUCAGCACCCGACUCACCGUUUCAUAUAAACUCAACACAUCACUCACCAACUCACUCAACCACCCACUCACCUGCUCAUCCACUCACUCAUCCAUUCACCCGCUCCCUCACCCACUCACCCGCCCAUUCACCCGCUCGCUCACCGACUCGCUCACCGCGGACUAGCUGGAGUGAUCAUCGAUUGGCGACGUUUUGCUUGAAGCUGCGCCCAGCAUCUGCCGUACACAUGGCAUGGCGCCCCGCAGUUACCACGGCGGUUACCACAGCGGUUACCACGGCGGUUACCGCGCAGUGCGACGCAUGGACCAAGUCAUCGCUCGCGCGUCCCUCCGUGGGCUCUGAAUAACGACACUCAGACACCGAGCCCCCCCCCGCCCCCAGCCCGUAUCCAUCUGGCAGCCAUCCCAUCAGUGGCGGGGGGCACUGAGCGCUGUGGCUCUGUCGCCGGUCUCGGCCGCUCAGCGUCUCUCGCGGCAGCGCUGCCGGGGCCUCGCCAUUGCGCGCCGCACGCGCCUGAUGAUUGGUGAACGCACACAGUGGGACGCGGACGCCGUUUUAGUUGGUUCAUGCAAAGUUUGAGGCAUGUGUGUGUGUCUGUAUCUGUGUGUGUGUCUGUAUGUAUAUGUGUCUGUUUGUAUCUGUGAUUGUCUGUAUGUAUCUGUGUUUGUAUGUA